AUGUCUCAACUUAACAUUCAACAGUAUCCUGGGGCGUCUUCAUCGGUACAGGAUUCAUCUUCGUUUGGUUAUCUGAAUUCAUCAGCUAGCUCGAGUGUGUCGGCAUUCAAUUUUAAGGCUCCUCAACAAAAUUCACAUGCUAAUAAUCAACAUACCACACGACCUAAUGGCCCUAGUAAGAACCCCAGUACUACUUCCUUAGUGACCUCGUUACAGCCAGCCUCAUCUCUUCCUUCACCAGUUUCACAUGUUUUGACAAAUACGACUAGUAAUACCUUAAUUGGAAUGCCAACGAAUGGUGGACCCAUGCCUAUUGCAAGUCUCGUUUCAAAUCGACCUGCUGAUGGCUCCGAGUCUUUGUUUCAGAUAUGCUUGGCUUUGAAAGAACGAUUAGAGCUAGUUCCUGGUCUUCAAGUUUACCUAGAUGCUUGUGAAACCGACUUUGAAGAUGGAAAUGCGUAUGAUCAAUCUGGUAACAAUGCUAAUGGAACCACAGCCGUUGCUGCUGCUGGCUCUGCUGCAACUGGCUUGGGAUUAGGACUCAGUACGAAUAUAGGUGGUCAUGACCGCAUUGCCUCGAGAGCUUCUUCUAAUAUGACAUCUCCUUAUUUAUCUGGAUCAGGCGACUUCUCUGGAAAUGGCUCACCAGCUUCAACGCUUAAAUCUCCCCCAAUGGGCAGCGGGUCAGGAUUUGCUCCUCAGUUAAAUACUGUAGCAGCUGUUCCGCCUGGCAUGAAAAUCGACCCUGUGACCCAUGUAUGGAGAUUUCUCAGAAUGGGCACGUCUCUAUGCGCUCUGUACAAUGCAUUAAACCCGCCGACGCCUCUUCCCGCAGGUGUGUCGAAUGACUUGAAGGUAGCCAAACGUGCUUUAUAUGCAUUUAUUCAAGCCUGUAAAUCCGAACUCGAGUAUUCUGAUGACCAAUUGUUCACCAUAUCCAACGUUUACUCGGAAAGCACAUCAGUACUGAUAAAGGUUAUUAAAACAGUCCAGCUGAUUCUUGACACCCUUGAGCAGAAGGGCGUCAUUCCGCCUCUGCCUGUUCGAGAGUCUGUUGAACCUAAAGAAAUGGACCAACGUGCUAAAAUUGUCGAUGAACUUCUACAAACCGAGCGAAAAUAUGUUCAAGACUUGGAAGUGCUCGCCAAGUAUCAGGAUGAGAUCCAACAAAAUAGUUUGUUAAGUCCUGACACACUACAUUUCCUAUUCCCUAACUUGUUCCAACUACUGGAUUUCCAAAGACAGUUUUUAGUGGCUGUAGAGUAUCAUGCGAGCCUGCCUCCUGAAGAACAACGACUCGGCUAUCUCUUCGAAGUAUCUGAAUCUGGAUUCGAGGUAUACGAAGGCUAUGCUAUGAACCAGAGGCACGCUUCGGAACUGGCUGCUUUAGAAGCUCCAAAGCUAAUUUCUUUGACGCAUAUGAUUGAACCUGCUUAUGAGCUGCCGGCCAUGCUUAUUAAGCCAAUUCAACGAAUUUGCAAGUAUCCUUUAUUAUUGAGGGAGUUGAUUAAAUGCACGCCAUCUGAUUGGCCCUACUAUGAUGAGCUUCAAUCCGGCCUGAUCAAGGUUAGAAAGAUUACUGCCAAUGUUAAUGAGACUCAACGAAGAGUCGAGAAUGUAGAAGUUGUCAAAGAGUUGAGUGACCGGUUACGGGAUUGGCGAGGGCAUAAUAUUGAAGAUUUUGGCGAUUUGCUACAUGAUGGAGUAUUUCCAGUAGUGAAAGUCGGCUUUGAGCGGGAAUAUCACCUUUAUUUAUUUGAGAACAUUAUUCUCUGUUGUAAGGAGGCUGCUCCCGCCAAGAAAUCAAUGGGAUUGACCAAAAAGAACAAGAGUAAGCGAUCCAGUUUGGUUUUGAAAGGACGUAUCUACAUCGCCUACAUUACUGAUGUCUUCAUCUCCAAAAAGGACGGCUAUCUGCUCCACAUUUCAUGGGGGAAGGAUGACGCUAGUGAUACUGGCUACUUCGAUAUUAGGUUCAGAAACGAGGAGUUGCUUAGAUUAUGGGAGAAGACAAUCCGCAAAUUAGUGGCUCGAUACCAAGAUACUGCAAAUGAACUUUUCCAAUCGGCUCGUUUCGAUGGCAGAGAAGAGCCCAAUCACACUGCGUAUGACGAAGGCAGUGAUGAUGAAACUGUGGGUUAUGCAGAAGGUGUUUCCCCUAGUGGUAGCGAGGUAAAUAGUACUAGGACUGUCAGCACCUCAUCCAAUUACACCUUUUCUAAUGGCAACAACUAUAACUCGACAAAUCUCAGUGAGGAUUUCAAUAAUUUAGGACUGAGUAGCACUUUAACUUCCUCGUCCACAUCUUCAUCGGCUCUCCCUUCAUCUACAAAUUUGUCCUCUAAUGCUUCUUCGGCUGCUGCUGCUGCCGCUGCUGCCGCUGCUCAACCGCUACGUUAUGUCUCGCGUAGCAGGUCAGCAAGUUCACCCAAUUAUCCCAACUAUCCCAAUUCCUCAACAACUUCAUUAAACCAUGCUGACAAGCAGCAGAUAGCUCUGGGUUCACAUGCAACAACUUCGUUAUCAAGUCCUUCUUCAAAUCACCAAGCUAACAGUGGUGUUCCUCUUGCUCAAAGAACUAAAUCUGAAGGGGCAAUUCCUGGCCUUGGUCCGGCUAAACCUCAUACUAAUCAAAUGAAGGUCAAACUACACUAUUUGGAAGACACAUUUUUGCUUAUCGUGCCGGUGGGUGUUAAAUACAGUCAGCUUUUGGAACGGGUUGACCGUAAGAUCCGACUUUGUGGCAAACAAACACCCAACCCAUUGCGAAUCAAGUAUAAAGAUGAGGAUGAUGACUUUGUCACGAUAACCUCUGAUGAGGAUAUCCAAAUGGCUUUGGAGUUAAAUGACGAGCAAGAGAAAAACUUUAAUGACACUCUUACUAUUUGGGCAGCUUAA